UAGCAGCAGACGUGAUGACGCGCACCUGGACGUAAUCAGUCCCAGAAGGUAAACAGCAGCAGAGCGGCGAACCAUCACGUCAUAGUGUGUUGUGUUUCCAGCAUCUUUCAGGUCACAGAUGAUCCAGCAGAGGGCAGUGUACCGCCUUCUGUCUGCUGCUGCUGCCUUCAAGUCCGUCAGGAAACAUCACAUCCAUGUUUCACUCAGGUGUGAUGUGUGUGUGUGUGCGUCUCUGACAGGUGUGAUGUGUGAGUGAUGUCAGCUCUCUGCCAGCUGCUGAUUGGUCCACAGACAGCAGAUGAUGAAAACUGAAACCUUCAUUCAUAAUUCAGGAGCUGCAGUUUGUCUCUUAAACUCAGACAGGCUGACGACCUCAACAUGGAGUCAGACAGCCCCGAAGGUGAGACCUGUCUCAGUGUCUCCAGAGUCUCCGUGAAGCUCCUGUCUCUACAGAGACUCUGUCACCUGGACGUGGUGUAUGUUCGCCACAUCACAGCGGCCUUCCUCCCGCAGCAGGAAGUGAGGCUGGACAGACAGGAAGUGAGCCAGACUCUGAACAGGAUGUUCCACAGCGUCUCACAGGAAGUAGAAGGUCAUGUGACCGAAGAGGCCGCCGAGGAGACGUGCGUUCUGAUGUUCACUCUCUACGACCGGGGUCAGUCUGGUUUUAUUUCGGCUGCUUCUCUUCAGACGGCUCUGAUUUCUCUCUCAACUGAAACUCCUCUGCUCAAAUACACAGCUCUGCUGAGUGUUGCAGAGGACGGUUCAGGGUCAGUCAGCCGCUCUGGACUCAGAUCUCUACUGCAGGACCUCAGCCUGGUGGUCCAGGAGGACAGCAGAGUAUUUGGAAGCGUGGAGGCGGCGCUGACCUCGUGUUUUAACAAGGUGACGUCGCCCACGGCGACCGUGGGACAUGUGUUGUCAUGGCUGCGGAGCGAACCGCGCCUGUUGCUAUGGUUACCGGCUCUUCACCGCCUGUCCGUCAGUCAGAACGUCCGGCACGCCGUCCGCUGCCACGCCUGCAAGAUCCGACCAAUCACAGGCCUCCGGUACCGCUGUAUGAAGUGUGUGAACAUCCAGAUGUGUCAGAGCUGUUUCCUGACCGACAAACACAAAACUCACCAUCCUAUCAGAGAGCUCCUCACACAGCCGACCUGGAGAGAGUCUCUGUCCUCGUUCGUGCACACCGCCCGUCACCGCCUGUUGCCGCGGCGACCCAGGAAGAGGGCAGGGUCAGAGACUCAGGACAGAGAUGUUUCCCAUGAUGCAUCACUGCGAGAUGUUUCCCAUGAUGCAUCGCUGCGAGAUGUUUCCCAUGAUGCAUCGCUGCGAGAUGAUUCCCAUGAUGCAACGCUGCGACCACCAUCCUGCUCGUCCAUAGCUCUGCAGACAGAUGAUGUGACGCCGCCGCAGCUGCAGGCGUCCGUUCUGAUGACUGAAGUCAGAAACCUGCAGAGAGACAGAUGGCUGAUGGAGCAGCAGCUGCAGGCGUUUCGGCUCACCGUCCAAUCAGAGCAGGGCAUCCUGGAGGACAGGUGCUCGGACAUGGAGGUUACCAUGGAAACGCUGAGAGAACACAACAUCCGUCUACAGCGAACCCUCUCUCAGGCUCUGAACAAGAUGGAGGCUCAACAUCACGCCGACAACACGCCACAGAGCACCAACACGGUGACCAUGGCGACCACGGAGGACACGGUGACCAUGGCUACCACGGAGGACACGGUGACCAUGGCUACCACGCAGAGAGAAACCUUCACGCUGACUUCAGACUCUGAGAGAAACACAGAAGAAGAAGAAGAGUUUCUGAAGACAGAGGACGAGUGGAGCGAGGAAGAACUACAAACUCCAUCUCCCACGAUGCACCGGGACGUGUCUCCGUCACAUGACUCCCCCUGUGGAGAGGAAGAGGGGGCGGAGCUACAGGCAGAAGGGGUGGAGCUACAGGAAGGAGAGGACAGCAGCUGUGUGGCUGAAGCAGAGGAUUCUGGGACAUGGAGUCUAGAGGAGCUGCUGCACGAGACCGUGGAGACACUGAAGACAGAGCUGCAGACAGACAGAAGGACAGAGAGACAGACAGGUGGGAGGAAGGGGGCGGAGCUUCUGCAGGCGGCCAAUCAGGUGGGAGACUCUCUUCACUGGCUGGCGGUCGCCGUGACAACAGACACACAGUUUGGGUUAUAAAAAGCGUUUAUUGUCACCAUGGAUACUUAAAUACAGACGGUAAAUAAUAAAAUAAUUCAUCAUCA